AUGACUACCAGCAGGAUGGAACCGAAACGUAGGCCGAACUGGACCGAGGAGGAGCGGCUUACGUUAGUUGAUGAGGUGCGGAGGAGGGAGGAACGGUUGUUCGGCAAAUAGGGGUGUGGAGGGAAGAGGGGCGGCGAUGAAGGAAGAGAGGCAUGGGAAGAGGCAAUGGCGGCGCUAAAUGCAUGCAGUACCGUGCCAACAUGUAUAUACAUGUAUAAUCAGUCUCACGUUUGUUUUUACAAUAGGAAAUCGAGUCAAAUUAAACGGACGGUAGAGGAAGGGAAGAAACAGUAUGCGAACUUGAAGCAAAGAGCAAAAGAAAAGAAUGAUGCCAUCCGUCGACCCAAAACAGGAGGAGGGCCCAAACCAGCUUCCCCAACAAUGCCAGAAGCUGCCAUCCUGGAGACUAUGGGGGGAAGGGCAACUCUGAGUGGUCUAGCAGGAGGCAUAGACACUGAAGAUUUUGAUGUAAUUCCUUGUGUUUCGGAGGAAGAACCAAGUGUGUCCAUGGACUUCACUGAUACUAAUGAGCAUGUUCUUCAAAGUGCAAUAAAUUUCCUUGUCAUGGAGGACGGAAUACUGCAGAUCCCAACUAUCACCGCUGGUACUCCAAAAUCAACCACUGUGACCACUACUACUACUGCUACUCCUAUUGCAACUACAUCUACAUCUACAGCUACAACUGCAACAGCAAAUGCCACUAACAAUUCCAAUCUUCCGCCAAAAAAGAAGCUAAAGCUGCAACAGCAGGAAAUACUAACCCUACAGGCAGAGGAAUCCAAAUUUAAAUGUGAAAUUGUUAAAUUAAAGAAGAAGCAGAAUUUUUUCAGGGCAAAGGUAGCAUUGAUUAAAUUAGAACAGGAAAAGCUGAAAUUAGAAAUGGAAAUACUAAGAAAACAGAACCGUAUUAGUGAAGAAUAA